AUGGCUCCUCCGAAGGAAGUCUCCGACGAGUUGAAAUUCGUCAUGACCUGCAUCAAGUACUCACCCGAGCUCAAACCAGACUUUGAGGAAGUUGCGCGAGAGACCGGUGCGAAGAGUGCCUCAGCCUGUUACCAUCGUCUCUGGGGUAUCAAGAGAAAGCUUGGACUCACGGGCAGCGGCAACAAGAAGAAUGCUGGAGGUGCUACUUCUAGUGCUGCUACCCCAGGCACCGGAGGCCGGAAGCGCAAAGCUGCAGCAGCAAAGACCAAGAAGGCUGGCGUUGAUGGCGACGAGAGUGAUGAGGCAACUCCAACAAAGAAGCGGGACACCAAGAAGCAAGCUGUUGUCGAAGACGAGGAAGAUGGUGACAGUCUUGAAGCUGAAGCUGGAUCUGUUGACGCUGGAGACGCUGGAGACGCUGGAGAUGAAGACAAAUGA